AUGGUGGCUCUGUGGUCUGCAGCUUUGGUGGCGGGGCUGGCCGCAGUAGCUGCGCUUAUGCAAGCUCAGUACACGCAUCUGAAGGAGAUGGGAGGCUUCAUGCGGAUUGCAGGCAUCUUGGCCUUUGCUGCGUGUGUGGCGGAGAAUUCUUGCAUCUCGUGGUACAAGUACUACCAUUACUCCGACGAGUGGGGCAUCUUUCUUGGCCACGUGCCACUUCACGUGGUGCUGAUAUGGCCACUCUUCAUCCUGGGUGAGCACCGCUACUUGCGAAGCCUUUGCAACGAUCUGAGGCUUCGCGCCCUGCUCUGUUUUGUGGACGUGGCCCUCUUGGCGAAUCUGGUGGAGAUCUACUGUGUGGCUGCGAAGCUGUGGUUCUGGAAGGAGAGCAACUGCUUGGGCGUACCGUGGAUCGGAGUGCUCGGUUGGGCCCUCUUUGCUACGCCCGCUGUGCUACUGCUGUCCAUCGAAGAAGCAAGGCCCAACACCAAAGUCACUCUUGGCAUCACACUUGGCCUCACGCUGGUACUGUGCCUGGCGACGCUGCAUGGGGGUCUGGUGCUGGUGUGGCAGCUGGGCCUUCUUUUCAACCUUCGGCUGGGCUCCGUGAGGCCACAAACAGAGGCAUUGGCCAUCAGUUUGAUCCAGCUGCUUUACCACCUGGCCACACGGCGCCUGCCGCGCCCCCAGCUCCGACAGGAGCUGCCCAGACUCCUGGCAUGUGGCAUCUUGGCCGCUCUGCUGCUCAAGGGUCGACCCCUCCCGAUCUGGGAGCUGCUGCUCGUCUCGGGUGCUUCUAUGCUGAGGAUCCUUGCCUUCCAGCUGUGA